GACGCACUCGUGACGGGUCAGUUACCUCGUCAGUCGAUUGAUCCUUGCGAGCUGCGAGCUUCAUCUCGUCGGACGUGCAGAAGCCGCGAGCGUAUGCAUUGAGCACACUUCGGGGGAGUCUGUCACACACAAAGCGAAAGCAUGUCGACGUUCACGCAGCGUGCAAUCGACUCGAACGAGAAGAAUUGGCAGUCAGAAGUAGGAUGCUUGCCGUACGAGACGAGCGUCGUCUUUACCAAGGCGAGCUUGGUCGACUUUCUAAAGCACAUCGGUAUUGAGGUCGACCCCAAUGCCUCUGUGCUCAAGAAGCUGCCUCGCUAUGCCAAAUUUGGCGAUCUGGUGGCAGGCAGCGCCGUCACUGAGGCCAGCAGCUCGAGCAGUGCCGAAACGGGCAAUGGGUCCCAAGCCAAAGCGGUACAGGCUCCUGACAACACUACAAGCAACGGCACGACGCUCUUGAAUGGUGCAGCUGGUGUUCCAGACUUUGUGCCCACGCGCAAGGUGCGCGAGCUGACUGGCGGUGGCUCGGCCCAGAUCGCUAGCCUCUUCAGCGGCGGGGCUGACGAGCGUCCCAUUCGUCCUGCACGCGUCGUCGGUGCCAAUGCUGCCGAGACGCCGGGAUACGUGAGCGAGUCGUCAAACGGCUUCAUUCCCACCCGCAAGGUACGCGAACGUCCCGGCGGCAAUUCGUCAAUGGGCGCCCUCAUCGCAGGCGAGUAA